AUGGCGAACCCGGCUUCUCCUCGUCCCCCCAUCCGGUCGGUGAACCUCGGAAACUGGCUCGUCACUGAGGGCUGGAUUCUGCCCUCCCUCUUCGACGGCCUCCCCAACAAAGAUCUCCUGGAUGGCACGCAGCUGCAGUUCAAGUCCGUGACGCAGAACGCGUUCGUGGCUGCCGAGAAUGGCGGCGGUGCGGCGCUGGUCGCCAACCGUCCCUCGGCCUCAGGCUGGGAGACCUUCAAGCUCUAUCGGAUCAACCAGAACACCUUCAACUUCAAGGUGUUUAGCAACCAGUUCGUCACCGUCGCCGGCGUUAAUGUCGUGGCCACGGCCUCCACAUCAGUUCAGUCGUUCCAGCUGGUCCGCAACGAUGCUGACCAGAAUAGGAUAAGGAUCAGAGCACCCAAUGGGUCCCUCUUACAGGCAAACAAAGAUGGUUCGGUAACGGCCGACUUCCGCGAGAGGGCGACGACAUGGGGCGAUGACGACCCCUCCGUGUUUGUGGUGACCAUCGUCAAGGAGCUUCCCUCCCUCUUCGACGACAUACUCAACAAAGACCUCCUGGAUGGCACACAACUACAGUUCAGGUCCGUGACGCAGAAUGCGUUCGUGGCCGCCGAGAAUGGUGGUGGGGCGACACUUGUCGCCAACCGGGCCUCGGCCUCCAGCUGGGAGACCUUCAAGCUUUGGAGAAUCGACAAGAACACGUUCAACUUCAAGGUGUUCAACAACCAGUUCGUGACCGUUGCAGGCGUUAAUGUGGUGGCCACAGCCUCCACAGCGGGGCAGUCGGAGACGUUCCAGCUGGUACGCAACGACGCUGACAAGGAUAGAAUGAGGAUCAGAGCACCCAAUGGGUCGUUCUUGCAGGCAAACAAAGAUGGUACGGUGACGGCGGACUUUGGCGAGAGCACGACAUGGGGCGAUGACGACUCCUCCGUGUUUGUGGUGACCAUCAUCACCGAUGGCUGGAUUCUGCGGUCCCUCUUCGGUGGCAUCCCAAACAACAACCUCAUGGAUGACACGCAGCUGCAACUCAAGUCCGUGACGCAAAACGCGUUCGUCGCCGCCGAGGAUGGCGGCGGGGCGGCACUAUUUGCCAGUCGCUCCUCGGCCUCCGGCUGGGAGACCUUUAAGCUCCAUCCGAUCAACCAAAACAACUUCAACCUCAAGGUGUUUAGCAACCAGUUCGUGACCCUCGCCGGCGUUAAUGUCGUGGCCACGGCCUCCACACCGGGUCAAUCGGAGACGUUCCAGCUGGUGCGCAACAACGUCGACAAGAAUAGGAUGAGGAUCAGAGCAUCCAAUGGGUUCCUCUUGCAGGCAAACAAAGAUGGCUCGAUGACGGCCGACUUCAGCGAGAGCACGACGACAUGGGGUGACGACGAUCCCUCCGUGUUUGUGGUGACCAUCAUCAAGGAUCUACCCUCCCUCUUCGACGACAUCCCCAACAAAGACCUCCUGUCUGGAUCGAUGAAGCAGGAUGGCACGCAGCUGCAACUCAGGUCCGUGACGCAGAACGCGUUCGUGGCCGCCGAGAAUGGCGGCGGGGCGGCACUGGUCGCCAACCGGGCCUCAGCCUCCGGCUGGGAGACCUUCAAGUUGUGGCGGAUCGACCAGAACACCUUCAACCUCAAAGUGUUCAGCAACCAGUCUGUGACCGUCGUCGGCGUUAAUGUGGUGGCCACGGCCUCCAUGCCGGGUCCAUCAGAGAGGUUUAAGCUGGUGCGAAACAAGAAUAUGAUGAGGAUCAAAGCACCUAAUGGGUCCUUCGUGCAGGCAAACAAGGAUGGUUCAUUGACGGCCAACUUCGGCGAGAGCACGACAUGGGGUGACGAUGACCCCUCUGUGUUUGCGGUGACCAUCGUCAAGGGGCUGCCCUCCCUCUUCGAUGGCAUCCCCAACAAAGACCUCCUGGAUAGCACGCGUGUGCAGUUCAAGUCCAUGGCACAGAAGGGGUUUCUGGCAGCCGAGAAUGGGGGCGGAGGGGCACUUGUCGCCAAUCGGCCCUCGGCCUCCGACUGGGAGACCUUCAAGCUCUGGCGUAUCGACGAGAACACCUUCAACUUUAAGGUGUUCAACAACCAAUUCGUGACCGUGGCCGGCGUUAAUGUGGUGGCCACGGCCUCCAUGCCGGGGCAGUCGGAGACGUUCCAGCUGGUGCGCAAUGACGCUGACAACAAUAAGAUGAGGAUCAGAGCACCCAAUGGGUCCUUCUUACAGGCAAACAAAGAUGGUUCGGUGACGGCCGACUUCGUCAAGAGCACGAAAUGGGGCGAGGAAGACCCCUCCGUGUUUGCGGUGACCAUCGUCGGGCAGGCGCUGCAAGGGGAGUACCAGAUCUGCAAUGGCUAUGGCAAAGAUACGGCUACACAGAUCAUGAAUGAACACCGGAGCACAUAUAUCGUGGAACGCGACUUCGCUUUCAUGGCGGCAAACGGCCUUAAUGCAGUGAGGAUCCCAGUCGGGUGGUGGAUCGCCAGCGACCCCAACCCUCCAGCACCAUUCGUCGGAGGCUCUUUGCAAGCCUUGGACAACGCGUUCACAUGGGCAGAGAGGCACAAUAUUGGCGUGAUCAUAGACUUACAUGCAGCACCUGGGGCGCAGAACCCCUGGGAGCAUGGCGGUAGUAGGGAUGGCUCGCGGACCUGGGGAGACUCCAACAUUGCGGAAACAGUGCAAGUCAUUGAUUUCCUCGCAGCAAGGUAUGCCAGGAGAUCAGGCCUCCUGGCGGUGGAGUUGAUGAAUGAGCCAGUGGCUCCCGGCGUGUCCCUAGAUAGCUUAAAAAGAUACUACCAACAGGGCUACAACGCUGUUAGGAAGCACUCGCCUACGGCCUAUGUGAUCAUGUCCAACCGAAUUGCAGGGCAUUGGGACGAGCUCGUCGAUUUUGCCACACCGUUCAGCAGAACCGUCCUUGACGGGCAUCCCUACCUGGUCUUCGAACCCAAGUUAGACAAAUCCAAUGUGCAGCAGAACAUCGAUUUCGUCAACAAAGAGAUCGCCGGUGAUCUCAGCACCAUGACAAGGCCAGAUGGCCCUCUCACUUUUGUUGGUGAAUGGGUGGCUGAGUGGAAGGUAAAGGGUGCUUCGAAGGAAGACUUCCAACGGUGUGCAAAUGCUCAGAUGGCUGUGUAUCGGAAAGCCACAUUUGGAUGGGCUUACUGGUCGUACAAGCAUGUUAGCAACCACUGGAGUAUGGAGUGGAUGAUCAACAACGGAUACAUCUCCUUAAAAAAUGCUUGA